CCGGCUAUGUCUGCCACAGGCGCGCUCUACACCGACUUGCGGACACGGCGCGCAGAAGCGCUACAACCACUCACCCUUCGAACCUGAGGUACACGCCCCCAAGUGCCCCCAAGUGCCCCCAAGUGCGAACCCUUGCGGCUCAUCAAGCCCGCUCCCACCACGCCGACUCCACCGUAACCCUUAUUGACGCCUCCCGCCACAGCCUCGUCUCACAGGGUCCAGCAGAGCCGCCUGCGCGAUGGACGCUGGGGCAGCCAGACCCCCGCAUUUCGCCCUCUCCAACGGCCGCCCUGGCGGCACUGCGCACGCCGACCCCGCUUCCGGCCACCUCUCGCAGGUGCUGCAGGCGCUGCAGGCCAUCUACAGUCCCGCCUCGAGCAACGACAACCGCCGCGAGGCCACCGAGUACCUCGAGCACGCAAAACGGCACCCCGAAGCCCCCGAGCACGGCCACCAGCUGGCCCUCGACCGCGCGCAGCCGGCCCAGCUCCGCCACUAUGGCCUCACCAUGCUGGAGUACGCGAUCCGGUACGGCUGGGAGGACUUCACCGUCGAGCAGGGCGACGCGCUGCGGAACUACGUGGUCGAGCUCGCGCAGAACAUCGCCGCGGAGGACCCUGUCUAUCUGCGCAACAAGGUGGCACAGCUGUGGACCGAGAUUGCAAAGCGCUCGUGGGGGGCCGAGUGGAUGGACAUGGACCGCCAGCUGGUGGAGCUGUGGCAGACGUCGCUGCACCACCAGGCCGUCGUGCUGUAUGUGCUCGAGACGCUGUCCGAAGAAGUUUUCAACCGCGAGGACACGACCGCUGGCCUGCGCGGCAGCGACCUGGGCCGGGCAUGCGUCGAGAUUUUCACGCCCGCCGCCGUGCUGAACGAGCACCUGCCUGCUCGGGACAAAAAUCUGGAUGUGCGCUGUGGUGACGAGGGCUGGCUGCGGAGGCUGUGCGACAACCUCACCUGGUGUCUGUCGCAGGACUAUCAGAACCAGGAGGCCGUGCGACUGUGCGCCGUGAAGACCAUGAACGCCCUCCGAGCCGCCAUGACCUGGGUCAUCCCGAAAGCCAUUGCCGCCGUGCAGGUCAUCGAGCACGUGUGCAAGGCUCUGGCCGUACCCGUGGUGGAGCUGCAAUUGGCCUCCGUUGAUGUGCUGCAGUCGAUAUACAGCCGACACCAUCUCCACGAUGAAGAGUUCGUAGAGCUGGUCUGCCCAAUGUUCACUCCCGGCAGUGUUUCCCUCCUGCGAGAGGUCUACAGCUGGACCCUUUCGGACAUGAACAUUCAUAAUCUGAAUGAGCAGAAGUACACGCUUUGCAAAAAGCUCGCAGAGCUGGCCAAUAGCCUUGGGCUAUUCAUUGAACAGAAACCACAGCACAUUCCAGAGGGAAGCGACCUCCCCGGCAUAUUCCAGCUACUCUACGACCUCCUCCGGAACCCGAGCCUCGUCGUCUCCAUCCCAGUCCUGCACUGCUGGACCAAGCUUCUGCGGUCCCGCGUCGUUCGCGAUUCGGAUGUCGUCACGCAAAUGGUUGGUGGUCUGCUCGAGACAUGCUGCGCGCGAUUGAUCCGCUACGAGACGUUUCCUGAAGAUUCAGAAGACGUCACCCUGCUUUUUCUGAACGAAGACAUCGACACGGUUCCGGAGAGACACGCGUUUCUGGGUAACUACCGGAGAUUCUGCGCCGAUGUCAUCGAAGUUCUUGUACGACGGACGCCUGUUGAAGCGAUGGAACACAUCCUCUCCCAAGCGACGAACAUGUUUCAUAACCUAUACAAUGAACAACCCCCAUUUCAGCCGCAAAACUUCACCAAACAUUCGCCGCCUGUUCUCCACGUUGACGCUCAGGUUACCAUCAUCGAUGCUGCCCUGAAAGGCUAUCUGAAAUGGCUCUCUACACAUGGCGAAGAACCACAGGAAGACGAGCGAAAACGCAACACCUUGGAAGAGUCCUUUGAGCAAUGGGGCCGGCAACUGCUCCAGGCUCGAUUUGAAGACCCUGAGAUCGCAAAGAAGGUCAUCCAGCUCAUGUCGACGUUCUCUACGAAAGCGCUCCCCGAUCGCCCUGCCUUUGCCCUCGCAUUUCUUGAAUACAUGCUCACGAUCAGGCUUACGGACAACCCUGAUUUGCCUCAGUACUCAGAUGCUGUCAAAGACCUGGAACGCAUCUGCAGCCUUGAGAUGCAAAAGUUGGCAAUGAAGUUCCCUGACGAUUUCAUGAAUGUAUACGAUAGCUUGGAGCGGAAAGUUAACGAAAUGAUUGCCGAUCCUAGGACUGACGAGCGCCAACGAAUGGCAUACUCCGCUUUCCUAUUCAUCAUCAUUCAUCGCUGUACCACGUUGGAUCGCGCAACCCAGGAGAACCGCAUGAGACAAAUGCUGAACCAGGUCAAGGAGGCCUGGCGCACGGACGAACUCACGAAAUCUAUCUCCUCCUUCCAUUUAUUCUGCGCGACUCUCGGAAUGGAUCGCCUGCCAGAUUUCCUCUCGGCGAACAAUUUCCGUGGCGUGCAUGACUGGUCUGAGCAACCUUUGAACAAUGACGGCCAGGCCAUGCAAGCUGCCAUUCUCGAGCGCUCUCAGCACCUACCACUCCGCCUCACUAAGACUCUUCUCGCUGCUUCUACAGAGAAGCUGCGUGACGGCUCGACCGCAUACGAAACUGCUGCGGUGUUAUGGGCAGAGGCAAUCCCCGUCAUUCUGCCGAACCUUCUCCAGCUUGUUAGUCAUGCACAAGCGUUCAAUGACUUGGACACCAAUUGGUCCCACCUUCCACUAGAGCUACAGCAGGUCAUUCGCCGAGUAUUGACUGACCGAUUCUGGCAAGCUGGCAUCUCUACUGAGAGUCGAGACGAUUUCUUUGCCCGUGUGAGCGGAUCGAAAUCAACGUACGAAGGCUUCGCAUCUACUGUGCGUGGCACCGUCCGGCAGAUCCGUGAGAGCUCGUACUACAUCCUGUACUCACUCACACGGUUCCGAGAUUUCUUCUACGGCAUCUCCGACCUUCCUGGACCUCUCAGCCAAGCCUUGUUUGGUCAUGCGCAUGCAUUAACGGCCCACCACUUGUCCGUUUUGCUUACAGUUUCCACGCAUCUCAUUGAAGGUUGCCCUGCGCAACUACGACCGCAAUUUCUGCCGGCAAUGAUACAAGGCUUGUUCCGAGAACUGAACCGGAAGAUCUCAACGGAAUGGGACGAUGUCAGCCGCCAAAUUGCAAACGCAGGGGAGAACGACAACUUGACAGACGAGAUGAAGACAGAGAGCAUACUCCGCCAACUCACAUACUCCUCUGUCUCGCUUGUCGCUGUCCUGCUGGAUUCACGGCAGGAAUUCGCCCGCCAAGACGAGUACACGCGUAAAGACGGCCCUCCAAUGUGCGACUUCAUCCUCAAUUCUCCCGAAGCGCUUGAGCCAAUCUUGCUCUUCUGCAACUCUUGCAUACGCGUCCGCGAUACUCGGUCUGUUGUGACUAUCGUUCGCGUCCUGCGCACUCUACUCCCCCGCUUCAAGGACAAGUCCCCAAUCAGGGGCUAUUUCUGCGAUGACAUCCUCAAGAGUGCAAUCACCAGUCUACAUGAGCCUUAUUUCGUGGACUGCCAGAAGGACCUAGCCUCACUCAUCGCCGGCAUCAUCCACCUCGACGAGGACAUUCCGCGCGGCAUCAUCUUGAGUCUACCGGGCAUGGGCGACCAGUACCGCGUCGAUCGCCGGUUAUCGAAACUUCGAGGCGCGAACCGGAAUGAUGAGCGGAUGCAGCGCUCAAUUGUGCUAGAUCUGCUGUCUAGUGUCCGUGGCGUGAGCAUCCAUGAACAGGGCAAGAUCGAGCGACCGAAGCCGAAGAAGAAGACUGCUUUCGAGGAGCAGUAUAUGAGCGUCGAUCAACCGCCGACGAUUGUGAGGGGGAACUCGCCGGGCUUGGCGGGUGUCGCUGAUAUGUUUGGAGACGCGUGAGCGCCGCCCUGAUAUCAAAUGGUAUCUCAACGACGACCUUUCUUAUGGAGUUCUCAAAAGUACUCACUUCCUCCGCGAGGACGAUCUUUACGCCGAAGUCUUUCACACGCACCUUCAUGCUAGGUUGAACUCAUGGACUGGAGUUAUAUCCCAAACAGAGGCACCUGUCGCCAAAUUGUGCUCCGCCGCGGCGUUCCUGAAGCGAUCGGUUUUCCAAAAUGCAUAGCGCUGUGUCUGAUUCCCCAUGGGUGCGGGUAGACGUCUGGUAUGGACGACCUUCAAUGGCUUUCUGCGGUAUUCUCGCCUUCGUUUUAUGCAUAUCUCCUGUUCCUUACUAUAUCAAUAUCCUAAAUUUUCUUUUCUUUUCAGAUGGAUCGAAAGGAGAUAGAUAAAAUGAUUGCGCGAGCAUACAGUAGGCGCUUGCUUUGAAUUUGAGCAUUCAGUAGGAGCGAACAGUAAUGCCACUGCAUAUGCAACUCGGUUUCCAG